AUGGAGGGCAAUACCAACAAGGCGUUGACGUUGUUACGCCUGUGCUGGCGAUAUGACGUCACAACAGCAGCUGGCCGACGUGUGCAGUCGCUAAAGAUCAUCGGCGUUGCCAUGAUAGCAAUAACCGGUCUACUCAUUUUCGUGGUUGAAGAUGUCAAUUAUGCGAGAGAAAACAUCAAAAAAACCGAAAUUCUGAAGAAAAAUCUCGAAUCAAGUUUGCAGGUGGCUUUGUUAAUUCACCGUCUUCAAAUUGAGCGUGGUCUCACUGUGCUUUGUCUGGGGUCAAAGAGUGCCGAAGACAAGGAUAGAGUGUUUGAAAAAUUGAGAGAUGCUCGUCAUAACACAGAUAAAGUCCUGGGGGAAACAGAGUGGCCAUUUGACGAAACAGCUGAAAGGGAAUUUCUCCGCGGGCCUCAAAAUUUCCGAAGGCAUUUAACGGAUCACAGGUAGGAUGCAUGAGGGCUUUCACUUUAAACCCAGAGAACACAGUUACAACGAUGAGAGCCAGUGUGUUUUGUAUAUGAAUGUAAACUGUUCAGCGUGACAAUCAAUUUUCAAAGUUUAGGUGUGUCCAUAGUAAUCUGAUCAUAAUUAUGAAUAAUUUAUACCUGCAGGAUUAAUAUUUGUUUGUCAUGAAUCUGCCAUAAAUUAUGUAGGACAUUUAGAAAUAAUUUGCCUCUUAAUAGCGGAACUCUCGCGCGCGCUUCGAGCGCGCGCAGCGGAGCUCCAUGGGUAAGAAAAUUUGGUAAACUAUCCAUCCGAGAAAAUUUGGUUAUGACGUAGCGUACGCCCACCCGUACACACACGUCAUGUAAGCCGAUGUCAAAUGUCACAAUAGAUCUUGCACAACUUGACUAGCCUCUUAGUUAUGUAAACCAUCCGUAUGAGUACGAUUAGAUUGACAGCUGUCAAAAUCAGACAUCCGCUGACAAUUAUCACAUGGCUAUCUCGCGGGCUCAGAUGAAAGACCAGUCGUUUUGCCCCUCCAUAUAAGCUGAUAUAAUAUGUCACACUUACCAAUUCAACAUAAAGACGAAACUACGCCGGGCAAGGCUGUCAGUUGGCUGACAGUCGUUGAAAGUUAUAUUGGCAAGCCAAAUUAAGGUCAAUUGACAGCUGUCAAAAUGGGACAUGUGCAGACCACUAUCAGAAAACUAAUAACGUGGGCUCAGGUUCGCUCAGGUACACGAUCUGGCAUUUUCCACUACAUGCCGGACGGAUAUGUCUUACUCACACUCGUAGUCUGUUAAUUCGAAUUCGCCAUUCUAAUGACGGUUAAUUGACAGCUGUCAAACUAGAGUAUACGCUGCCCAUCAUCACCUGAGUGUAUCCCGGGCUCAUUUUUCUAUCCAUUGAGGUCACAUAGUGUUUAAAGUUUUGCGCUGAUGUUUUAUUUGAUCACGGGCUCAAUUCGAAGCCCCAUAGCUUAGAAAAUCUAUCCAUCCUGGAAAAUUCAGCAAUCACGUGACCGUACACCGACCACCCGACCUUCCGUCCGUCCGCACAACAGGCAUACCAAUGUUUAAUCUCACACUUUCUAGCUAGUUUGGGAGCCUGCAACCUGAUAUUGUACAUCCAUGUUUUGAUUAAUUGACAGCUGUCAAAAUAGUGUUUCUAAUGACCAGUAUCGCCUGACCGUAUCGCGGGCUCAGGUAUCGACCCACUGAGUACGUGUGUUUUUUGAAGGUAUCCGCUGACAAGUUGACACUUUUCAAAUGAUGGCAGGCUCAAGUUAAAUUUUUUAAAAUGCAUAUGAAAUAAGUCGUGUUCAUGAGCAGCACUUUUAAAAUGUUGAUUUCGAACUGACCUCGGACGCGAAAAUUCAACCGGCUUUUACAUUUACAUGCAGGGAAGGCAGUCGCUUUUGACUUUUCUCACUGUCACGCGUUGAUCACGCUCUACGUCCAAUUCUUAUGUCUGAUUGGUCAAAUUUUGACAGGUGAGUUCAUGCGGAAAAUUUAUGCAGUGUCUGGAAACUUGCUUACUGAUAGCUGAAGCUGACAGAGUUUUGUCCGGGAGGUUUGUGUCAUGUUGUGAUGUUUUAAACUGUUUUUUCUACUUGGUGUACAAAAUGAAAUACAGCUGCUAUCAAGGUUGUUCUGUAAUUCAUGCUGGUUUGUUUGUUGCGCUUUUUGUUGACAAAUGUACCGCUUGUCAAAGUCAUUGGAAAUCCGAUUUCGGAUGGCAUCGUUUUCAAAAAUGAGCUUACUUACUUGCCCUUGCUUGAGGCGUAAGAGGGUUGAAAAGUCUCAAGCGAUUCUGGAACACUUGAUGACCUUCAGAAGCAGCAUCUCGACUGGUAAGCCUGAGCAAUUAUUGUCUUUGUUUUUUUUUUUUCGGGUUUCUUGAAGUCGAUCGUAUGGUUUAUGCGGCUUAAGUUAAUACACGAGCAAUGAUCUAACCUACAAUAGUAUCAGGUUUAAAAAGCCUUUAGACAUUUUUUGACCGCAAGUUCAAAGAAAAGGUUCCGAAGAUUAUUUAGUUAUGAUUUUGGCUGUAAACAGAAAGCUCUGAGCGAUUUUCUUGCCUCAAAUUCGUCUUGAAAAAGAGCAAACACCGGGAGCCGGCUUAAAACAUAAAUAAGCUUAUGCUUACCUGACUCAUGAUUUUCAGAGACACUUUACUCUCAAUACUUCUCUUCGUGAAUGAAAAUUACUGUCUCUGUACAUGUUUCACCGAAUUAUAUUUAUUUUAUUGAUUGUUAGUAGUCCCCCUCGCAAUUUUUAUUGCUGCACCGGUUGUUUCCAGUGGUGCAUAAACAUCGCAUGCAGGAAUACUCAAAACGCCGCGCGUAUUAAAAUGUCACUCGCUUUUAAAGAUUACACAUAACAAAACCAUACACAGUUUAAUGAAUAAAGGGAAAUAAAACCUAAACAUAACAAUUUCUCUAUCAUGUUGAAGCGUAAAUGUUAACUCUACUAGUCGCACUGCAAAUUUGGUGCCUGUCAAAUGUGAGAACCCGUCCGGCUGGUCGAAUAGGUGAUUUUGGGAAUUUUUUUAUCGUUUUCAUUUAAAGCCCGUAAUUAUUACCCUGCAUAUCACAUAGGACCAGAUUUUUCUAACUGAAAAGUCCCGGCAUUAUCUGGGAAUUCUCUUCAUGACAACGUUUUAUAAUUCAAUGCUAUAAUUUGUUGUGCAAAGGAAGCGCGUGCUUUGAUCGUCGUGGAUAUUGAAUAAGUGCAAAUUCUCUUACAAAAUUGUGAAAAACUGCAGAAUUAUAGGUUUAAAUAGGGCAAAAAAGAACAAACUCUGUCCGAGGUCUGUAUGAUAAAAGAGGGCCUCUGCGUACUGUUUACCUGAGACGUGAUGCGAAAAAGUAUGUUAAUAAAAGGCUGGUUUACACGCCACCAGAUUCGUCGCCAAGAUUUACUAGUAAACUAAACUUGUCGAACACAAAAAAUCCAGCCUGAUUUUUAUUUUGGCCUCUCUUUCAGACAGAGGAAUGCAACGUGUAAAUUGGCUGCCACCAAGGACUAUCGUGGCGCGUGUGUUCCUUAAAACUAUAUUUCGGGGUUGUCCAAUUAUCCAUAGUCUCUCAAACGGAUCAAUUUUGGAGAGACUGGUGAAUGGCACUGCUAAUGCAAAUACAAUACACGAAUAGGUCUAUUUGUUUUCCAGGCCUAAUCUAGUGUGAUCGAACAUGAUUGCUAUUUUUGGGUGUACAAGUAAGACUAUUUAAUAACUCGAUGUAAAAUUUGUUUCACUCUUGGACUGUCAAAUUAUUUUUCUCUAAAAGCACUUAACCUUUGCCUCAAAAGUCAAAUGAAUGUGCCCUGAUCUGUGGAUUACAAGUUUAUUGUUUAAUUUAAAUUAUGAAUUUAUUAACGGGAGCUUCGCUUUUAGCCCUGGCUAAAUCUAUAUAUUAAGCGAUAAUGUUUAUAGCGAAUAAUAAUAUUAAGAAUAGUUCUUAUCUUGGUUUUAGAUAUGGAGUUGGACAAUGUGUACACGGUACUCAACAUGAGCAGAUUGUUUUCUACACCCUUCCGAUCGAUUUGAUGUUGGACUGGUUCUACCAGAAUGUUCGCAAUAAUUCCGAAAAUAAUAUAUCUCUGGAUAUGGUUGGGUACCACAUGUUCCUUGCUGGAAAAGACAAAAUUGGAAUUGAGCGCGCCUUAGGCGGAGCAUUCUUCGCCAAGGGAUAUUUUAGAAACUUGAGCGAUCUAGUUAGGUUCGCAAAUCACAGCAUUCUUGGAAGGGAGUUUUUAGAAGCAAGUGAAACUCUUAUGCCCGAGAUUAAGACAAAAAUGAGCCAUCAUGUGAACGAAACAGUGCUGCGCGUAAUCGAAAAAAAACGAGAAGUCAUCCUUGCUAACCAGCCAGAGAACGCCUCGGUAUCAAAAGGUGAACAGUGGUUUCAGCUCAUGACCUUAUACCUUAACGACACUUUUAAAGUACAACAAAAUGCCGGAGACUCUUUAACAGAGCGCCUGAAGGUCGAACGCAUAAGGAACACAACUUAUCUGAUCCAAAGAUUGGCAUAUCUCGCAGUUGCUAUACUUUUAGUACCUCUUCUGGUGUUUUCAGUUCACAGAAUGACAGGAACUAUUCAAAACUACACCUUUCAGCUUGCCCAGACAAUGUUGGAGUUGAAAGAGGAGAAGCAACGAGCAGACACUCUCCUUUACCAAAUGUUUCCUCUUCCAGUGGCUGAAAAACUCAAGAACAAACAGCAAAUUCCAGCCGAGUUCUUUAACAGCGUGACAAUAUUUUUCAGCGACAUCGUCAACUUUACAGAAAUGUGCUCAAGUAUGGCGCCUCUGCAGGUCUGAUACACAGUUUUACUAUCCUCCUGUUGUGUUGCAAACUUCUUUACCCGUUCAGUUGAAAGUUUAUUUGAGAGAGGGACUAACGCAGAUUGAAAUAUCUUAGUUGUUGUUACUAUUCUAAGACACUGAGUCGCCAGAAAAAAGUACCCUUUCGAAUGCUAAAACUACCAAAUAAUUGGCAAAUGUUUGAGGGCAUUGUAUGUGGAAGUCUCAUUUAGAAUAUAGCGCUAAGCUCAGGCAGAACAUUAUUCACUCGACAGUGAACCUUGAUGUUGGUUUGUUUCAACAAAACAUGGAAUUUUCUAAGCACAAUCACAUAGUCACAACCACGGUUAUGGUCACAGAAAAAUCAUGCGCAAUCGUAAACAUGGUCACAGUGAAAAUCAGUCACAAUCACAAUCAAAAUCGCAAUCGCAAUCGCAUUCAUAACAAAAAACACAAUCACAAACACCGUCAAGCUCACGGUCAUGGUCAUGGUCACGGUCAGGGUCACAGUCACAGUCACAGUCACAGUCACAGUCACAGUCACAGUCACAAUCAAAAUCGCAAUCGCAAUCACAAUCAUAACCACAGGCACAACCACAAACACCGUCACGGUCAUGGUCGGUCACGGUCACGGUCACGGUCACGGUCACAAUAGUAAUCUUAUACUGAUAUUCUCACACUGAUACUUCUUCUCAAUCCCACACCCAUGCCACUACACCUGCGCUAUCUUUGUCUUUUAAGGUUACAGCCAUGCUGGAUGAAGUCUAUGGUUUAUUUGACGACCGCAUAACCUUUUACGACGUAUACAAAGUGGAGACAAUUGGUGACGCCUACAUGGCGGUAUCGGGACUUCCUCAAAGGAACGGAAUGCGUCACGUGGAUCAGAUUGCCCGGAUGGCACUGGACUUGGUAAAAACAGUGGAUGAACUUAAUUCACCGCAGCUCCCCACUAAACAACUGUCGGUCCGAAUUGGCAUACACACGGGUAGGUCUAGGCUAACAGUGCAGGGAACUCGGGGGUAGAGGGGCAACUACCCAACCCCCUCACCCAUACACUUUUCUUAUAAAAGGAUAGAGGAUUGGCUAGUCAAAUGACCUAAAUUAUAUAUUUUUCAUGGUCUUCUCAUCCAUUCGUGACCGUUUAAAUUGUUGUAGGAGACAAUUGGAAAGUAAGAGUAAAAAACUAUACUAUAUCAUGUCUGUUACUAAAAGAAAAUCCUGUAAAAGUAUUAGUUAUUCGUCACACUCACGCGCUGUGAGGUUAAUAAUAAUUUGAGUUUUUUAUCGCAUUUCCCAAAGUGCUAAUUUGCUAGUUCCAGCCAUCGCUAAGUGCCGACGAUAACAAGCAAAGUUUUUACCUAAACGCGCGCUGUUCAAUUUGUUUAGAAACGUAAUGAAUUACCGUAAUUUACGAGACUGCAGGCUGCAGGUUAGUCAUCUCAUGUCAUAUCAUGUCGGCGUUUACCGUCAUGGAAUGCACUCAUGAAUUAUACUCAUGCACGCGUUCGCUCGAAAACAAUGUAUUCUCUGUUCCGCAUUACGUCAUGAAAGUUACCUUACACUACCUUAUGUUACAUAUCGCCUCGAGAUUCAUUCUGCCUUGGAACUUUCGCGCGCGGUCUUAUCAUGCUACCGCCUAAGACGAGAGACUGCUGUACGAGGGGACACGUGACCAGCCGAUGCCAGGGCCUGUUCCCGCCUUUUUUCUCCCAUUAGCCCAGCGGACGAGCUAGGGUAACGUGGAUAAACAUCAUUGUUCCACGGAAUCAGAUGUAUGUCAGACAACCUGUUGUUAUGUAUCGUUUUAUUAGGGCCAUGCGUUGCUGGUGUGGUUGGAAACAAAAUGCCUCGAUACUGCCUGUUUGGAGACACAGUGAAUACUGCAUCAAGAAUGCAAACUUCUGGCGAACGUAAGGAGCUUAUUGACUAAUUAAAAUUGUUGUUAUUUACCCUAGCUUACAGAGCGGACACUCAAACCGGGAAACUAGGAAUACCAUAACGUUUUCUGAAAACAAAGAUUUUCAAGCUUUUUUGCAAACGGACCAAUAAAAUUCGAGGUUGAACUAUAUGCAACACUUGAAAACUAACAGUUUGAACUUACCUCACCUUUCAGGAGAAAACCCUCAAAAUUUAUGAAUGUUUUUGAUCCGUUUGCAAAAAAACUUUAGAAUCUUCUGUUUUCAGUAAACGUAAAGGUACGUCGUGGAAACGGACGCAACAACUCGCCACAAUGUUAGAGUUGUUGGCCAACAAUGUUGAGUCCGUUUGCACGGGGCUGAGAGUUUAACCGGUUUCAAACUUUGCGCAGCAACAUCCAAACAUGCAACAGGGUGUGCAGACGGACGCAACAUGUAACAUCCAACAAUGUUGCGUCCGUUUGCACGGGGCUAAGAGUUUAACCGGUUUCAAACUUUGCGCAGCAACAUCCAAACAUGCAACAGGGUGUGCAGACGGACGCAACAUGUAACAUCCAACAAUGUUGGGAGUUGUUGGCCAACAAUGUUGCGUCCGUUUGCACGGGGCUAACAGUUUAACCGGUUUCAAACUUUGCGCAGCAACAUCCAAACGUGCAACAGGGUUUGAGUGUCCGCACUGUAAUAAUUGUUGAAUUUUAAAAUCUAUCUAUUAAUAGGUUUAUUUGUUGGAAAACAAUUUUCUAAUUCUAUUUAAUAUUGCAUUCUGUUUACAUUUGCAACAUGUCUUAAAAUGUUUCAGUGUAAUUUAUAAUUGAAGAUGGCGGAAUUUCUUUGUAAGUUAAUAUGUCAGUCAUUAACUAUUCCAGCUUUUAGUAGUCGAAUAAUCAGUAUAUCACUUACACCAAAUGCAUUUUGUCUCAUAUGUAUGUGUAUGUGUUUUUUAGCUCAGAAAAUUCACAUUUCGGAAAAUGCUAAGGAAGCUUUAGAGCAAAUUGGGAGUUAUCACAUCGUUUUCAGGGGUAGCAUGGAAGUAAAGGUAAAUUGACAUUAUACUUUUUUAGAGACCUUUAUUAAUUUCGAGGACGAGAAGGACUACAAUAACGAGAUUUGACUUUAAGUUUUUUAGCAUCUUCUAAAAUAAUAUACAUCCUGAAAAGCGUCAAAGUACUUUUUUCAUCAGAAAAGUUAGUACUUUUGUUUAUUGAGGGAAGUUAAGCCCUCUCACGGUCGCAAAGCUAAUAAAAAACCCCUAGCUAACAUUUGAUAAGUUGUUUCCGCCACCACGACAUUCUUGCAAAAACUCGUAGUAGGAUGCAAGGCCGUAGCUAGGUUUUCUCUAACCUGGGGUAUGAUCGCGAGUGCCGAAGGCAAGAGCCUUGUAGGGGGGUGUGGGGUUAUCCUCCCCCGAAAAUUUUUAAAUUUGGAGGCUCCGAAACGUUAUUUUCAUCACUUGUCAUGAGAUAUGUCUCUGAAAAAUCGACCUCGAAUAAGAAAGUGGUAAACAAUUGCAAUAGUCUGGUCUGUUAAGGUCAUGAUCGUUACAGAGUUGACAAAAGCACCAAACUUUGCACAGCGAUAGCUUAUUGCAGUACCAUAAAUACUAGAGGGGGUGCCCAAUGCAAAUAUGCCACUGAAGCGUGCUAAACAGGAUUUAAUUAUUGUAAAUUUCACCUCCUGGGGCCCUGUGGUGUUUUGAUUGAAACUUGUUAUUUAAUACCUUAAACCACUCAGAAUGCUCUUCUCAUGUUGUAAACAACAAUUUCACUUGAACAUCUGGCAUUCCCAUCCAUUAUUAGCUUAUUGAUUGUAUAAUUAAGUUGAUUAUUACUGUGCCCUUAAAGCAAGUCCACAGUCCGCCCACAUUUUCAUAAGUCAUUUCUAAGAAGGACUCAUCUUUGCUUCAUAACUUGCAAGUACUCAGCUUAAGGGGUUCUCUUCUCCUUUUCUAAUGUAUUUCGUUUAGAGGAGGCCUUAUUGUGUGGCUCAAGCCUUAUAUUUAUCAAGUAUUACUUGUCAUUACAUGUCACUUUAAGCUAAAGAAAUAAGCGUUUGGCAUAGCGAUUCACACACAAAAUUUCAGAAAAAAGAAAUUGUCAGAGUCUGUUGUAUCACAUAUUAUCAGGGAUUUAUAGUCAUUUAUGACAUCUGUUCAUGAAGAGCAAAUAACGAAAUGACAGUACCCAAAAUAGUUCUUUCCUAAGGAGGUAAUUAAUUUUUCAGCUUAACAUAGGCCUGGAUGCCUUUCAGUCUCUCUUUAUCUGCUGGACGCACGUGCAUGCUUUGACAGAGAAGCAAGCAUCGUGGCACAAGUCAUAUCAUUUGUAAAGUCCUGCAGUUUGUCAAAGCUUUACAACGCAAAAACAAACAAAAAAGAAUCUGGUCUCAUAAACGAAAAAAAGAAACAAGUUAGCCCAAGCUUCAAAAAACAGCACAGUUUAUCAUGAAGCCUCUACACAGGGGCACCCAACGAGAAUGUAGUUCAAAACCACUUAAACAUAGCAUCGUUAAACGUAUUUUAGAAUUUAAACGGUAGAUAUAGGCAUAUUUUUAUUCCCUAAAAAUUUUUCAUCUGUUCGGAUUUCCUAGCUGAAAGUCUAGUGAUCUGAAAAUUAUAGGGAUCAAAACUUACCUUCUCGAAAAUUUCAGCCAGAAAAAAGGCUCCCGAAAAUUCUAGGUGACCUUUUUAGGGUAAAAAUCCGUUAAAAAUGGGCAAUCAUACCAUUUUUUAGAUGCUCGAAAAUCCUAGGAGAGGCAGGCAAGCAAGAAAUUUUACAACAAAAUAAUGUUCCGAAGAUUCCAGGUCUGAAAUCGUCUUCCGAACAGCUUAUCAAGUCGAAAAAGUGAGACUCAAGUGGUACAAGAUUGAUUCAAAGAUGAAUGGUUUAACUGCUGAAACUGUAGAAAGGGGCCGCGCUAACUUUUAGGCCUGUUUACAUGGAGGAGGGGGACCCGAGGUAGGCAUGGUAACCCACUUAGGAGGGGUAACCCAACUGUCCAUAUAAUCUCUCAUUUUAAUUUGAUCACGUUUACAUGAUAGGUGGGGUGAUUCUUCAAGGUGGGUAGCCCAGUCUGCCACACGGGGUAACCUUCUCAGCUGAGGUCAAACUUUGCCAUGUCAACGUUUCAAGGUGAGGUAACCCACGCUAAUCGGGGUCGGAUUCGUGAUCCGUCAAAUUCGCGCAAAAUUCACUUUGGCGCCUGGUGGCUUCACAUAAUUAUUAAAGGUAACAAUUAAUAGAAAGCUACAACACUGAAUGUUGCAGCAAGAUCAGCAAGUGAGCAUAGACGUGGUUUGCCAGCAUUUUUCUUGUUUACGUGCUUAGCGACCAUUCAAUAAUCUUGAGAAAGUGCACCCCAGGAUGGCGGGGUCGUAAGAUUGCAUGUAAAGGAGGGUAAUUUUUUUACCCUACCUAAGCAGGUUACCUCUGCACCUACUUCAGGUCCCCCAUCUUUAUUUUAACAGGCCCUAAGUCUCAGGAACAGUGAAACUGGUAAUAAACGGUAUACCUAACCCGGGACUAGCUCUGAUACUACUUCCAUCUUCAAAAACGUCAGCAUAGCAGCCAAAGGAGCCAUGAUAUCGGUGUAACACGAAUAUUAGAUCGCAGUUGUUUCGUGCGUCUCGUUUUGUGACUUUUUUUUGUUCGUUUUUGUCACCAUCUCUAAAUUUCAAUCAUGUUCAAAACACCCCUACUAACAAAAUAUUUCGUAAGCUCUUUAUAAUGAUAUUCAGCAAUAAAAAGAAGGUGUGACCAGGAGCCGAUUUUUAUGCUCCUGGUGUGGCAACAUAGGCAUAAGUGAAUGCAAAGUUUUGCAGUAGGUAAUCUGUCAGAAAUCUGUUUGAGUGGUCAAAGUUAGGGCUGAUGGCUUCUUUGCCAUGACCACUCCAUUAUUAUAAGGGAUCAGGCGAUAAUUAUUGUCGACCCUUGCUUUUUGGGUAUUUUCUGUAAUUUUCCUUAGCAUUAUUUUGUGAAAAGUUGGGAACUGAAUUGCUCUUGAGGAAUUUAUGAUCGUAAGAUUUUGUAAACCACGGGGUAUUCGCCUAAUUGCAUCAAACAAAUUACAUUCAUUUUCAUAAAUGAUGCGUCAUUGGUUGGCUAAAAAAGGCAUUGGUCCUGUAACAUUCAGCUCUUCUGAAGUUAGUUUGUUUGUAAAUUGCAACGCACGUAACGACCUUCACUUUUUUUUUUGAAAGAUCGUAUAGACCCCCCCCCCCUGGUAUAGACCUACCAUUAACACUGGUGCAAGGGCUCUGAAGUGAAUGAGCUCCGUACAGGUGUCUAGGCAUGCAGGGACCUCAUACACUUCUUUUUAAAUGCAAAUGUGUAAAAAAUAAAGAGUGUUAAAAAUUCCUGGAGAGGCAUGUUUUACAACCUCGUCCCCAGGGCUUAAUAAAAAGGUAGAAAAAGGUAAAGCGACCAUAUUUUACGUCAAUAACUCGUGACAGUAAUAAUAACUGAUGAACUUGAGGUCGAUGGUGCGCUCCUUUUACCCCGUUCUCUCCAUUAAUGCUCUGUUUUAAGGGUAUUUAAAGCUAGUCAAAGCUACAUAGAAAGGAGAGACGUUGAAAUAAGGAUGUGUUGACACCGGGGAUCGAACUCGGGACCUCGCGCACCGAAGGCUGUGUACUAACCAACUGUGGCGCCCUUGCUCCUCCUUUUCCCCCUGAGGACGAGGUUUACUUGUUUUAAUCAUUAUCUCAAGGACAGGGCUACCAACGAAGUAAAUUAUAAUCUAAUAUCAGCCUCACAAUCACAAAGUGGGCCCGUUGUCAGUUGCUGUUCAUGAGGUCGUUCAUGUGCCGUGUCAAAAUUUAACGAUUCUAUCAUUUAGAAUGUGAUACAUUUGGGCUUUAUGUUAUUAUAUGACACCUUUGAAACCUGGCUUUGUGAUCUGUUUAAAUUGAUAUGUAAUGAUAUUAUCACUGGCAAGUCUUAGCAGUGACACAGAUAACCGCACAGCGAACUUGACCACACUUACCGUGUGGAGACUGGGCACUAGCCAGUGUUAUGUACAUGUAAAACUAUUUUUAAUUGUGCAACAACAACUAAACAUUACCAAAUUAAAAACUUAAAAAUUUGAAGCAAAUAUUUUUUUAAGCCAAAUCAAACAAGAAGAGUACUCACCACAGGGAACCCAAUAUGCUAUUGUAGGUGAAAGUUAACCCCCCCUUUUAUCUGUAAUUAGGACCAUUUGUAACGGGCACCCCCUCCAGUAUUAAUUGGAAGGUGCUGGGGAAGCUCUGUGCCAAAUUUGACACUUUUGUCACGUCUGUAACGAUCCGGCCUAUAUUUUGCACUAAGAGACCUGACUACAAUCACUAUAACCAAAAUGACUGAGUCUACAGAAAAAAAAAAUCCAUCUACAGACUCAAUUUGUUUGACGCAACAGGUCGAGGGGGGGGCAGAUGCCCCCUUGCCCCCCUCCGUUAGCUAUAGCUCUGGAAUGACGAUGGCUAUUACUUUUUCCCACCAAAAUGACGCUGGUCACGCACAAGCACUGUUUAGUAUUGAGAAAAUCUCGUACUCGUAGUCGUCAUCGUGGUCAAAGGUCUCUAUUUUCUCCUAUGCCGAUCAAAAACAUCCCCCCCCUCCUCUCUCGCCUUUUUGCAGACCACUCACCUUGACAUGCAUAGUUUGUGCUUCUUUCUGAAGCAGGGUCUUUUUGAGAGAUCAUUUGAAAAGACGGUUAUUGUGGAGAAAAUUGCGCACAGACGAACAAGUGAAUCCACACUCCCAUGUACUGGUACAAGGUGGGGGGGGUGUUAGUUUGAGCCUCCUUUUGAGUUUAUAAUAUAUUAAAAUAAUUACAAAACUUACAAGUACGAUUGAAAUUUACCCUGACGAGCUCUUCGUAAAUUGUAAAUUGUAAAUAUCUUAUUAGCUACUGCCCUCAGGGUUUUUCAGGGAUAAUUUACAACACUAGUUGGGGGCCUUGGCCGGACUGCUUAAGUUGCAGUUUACAAGUAAUGAAGGAACGAGAAAUGAUGCUGUCAUACAUGAGUGUGAAAGUGAGAUAGACCACUACACUGGGCACUACGUGCCCUACUCUUUACGAAGAGUGUGUGGGUACUUUAACGUCCCGGAUGACGCAAAUAUUGUGGGAUGUGCAGCCUCGUCCCAGGACGCUCUCCUAUCUCCUCCACAACGGCCUAGGUUGUGGGAUAUGACGCUGCCUAGGAUGUCAUUUCAAAUGGCUGCCAUCUUGACCACCAUCUCAUUGGCCACUGUUUUGAUUUAACUUAAAAUUAAGUUUUAAAAACCCAGCUUUUUCCUUGCUUGAACGUUUUUGAGGGAUAAAUAAACAGCGUUUGAUUAGACGAGGUUGCGGCUUAAAGCCAUUAGGAACGAAACUGAAAUAAUCCCCGCACGGCUGGAUGCCACCCAUCACCACAGCUCCUCAUGCUUAUGAAUGUCCCCACUAAAAAAAUCUUCAUAUGAUUUGUUUUAAUACUCAGGGUAAAGGUCCAAUGUCCACAUACUGGCUGAAAGGAUUCUUGGAAAAUGCUCCGAGUUUUACUCUGCAUGCACCGGGAGAAAUGCCAAUGAUGGCUUAUGUGCAGCUGUGAAACUUUUCAGCUAAAAUUUAACAAUUUACAGCCUUAAAUAUGACACGUAUCACCUGAAAUGUAAUAGUGUACAGCC